AGUUUGAGGUUCCUUUUUGCGAGCGUCAUCCUCUGGACCUUUCAGACACAGCUAGCCUUGCAGAUUAUUGCGAACCGACUGGGCUUGGUCAUGGUUAACAGGAAGAGAGCCAAGUACUUGAAAUUGUCUCUCCUUGUUACUGUCGGCCUCAUUAACAUUACAAUUGCUUGCAUAUGGAUACCUGCCCGUCUGACCCAGUCAAAGAAAAUGAUGCACAUCAAUGACAUUGCGGAUCGUACUGAAAAAGUGCUAUAUCUGUCGAUGGACCUUGCCCUGAAUUCAGCAUUUCUACAUAAGGUUCGGCGUGAACUAAUAGCCGAAGGACUUACAAAAUAUAAGCUGCUCUUUAACUUCAAUGUCAGCGCCGUUGUCGUCUCUCUAUCCAUGGAUAUCUUAAUCAUAGCCAUGAUGUCAUUACCGAACCCUUUCCUCUAUGCCACUUUUCAUCCAGUUGCCUAUAGUGUCAAGCUUAUCAUCGAAAUCACAAUGGCAGAUCUGAUUGCGAAGAUAGUCCGAAGUCAGCAGGAGCUAAAUAGCUACCCGAGUAUUACCAACACUAGCGUUACAAGGCCCGAUGAACUACAUACGAGGGAUCGCGCUGCUUAUGACAGUGAGAUAUAG